UGUUGUCAUUCAUCCAGUCGUCCACGCGACACUCCACGCGUAGGCAAUCUCGCCUCUUACUGCUCCUUUCCUCCACAUGUUAUCGCUCCUUCACUACGCUGCGUAAACGCGUGUUCUUGUCCAUGAGACUGUUACGUUAAAAGAACGUCCUUCGAUCCGAGCAAAAUAUAUUUUCUUGGAAUGGUGAAGUUGAGCAGCGGGUAAGAACCAUGCUGGGGAAGUUGGCCGUGGAUGACCAGCUGGCGUUUAAGGUGCGUGCUUUCAAAGCGUUAGGCUCAAUUUAAAGCGGAAAUGGCAAAGGGACAACAAAAGGAGAGUAGAAGGUGGGACGUAUUGGUUUCCCUUUGUAGAAAGUGCGAGUCAACCGUAUGCCCAGCGGGGUGGGCAGGCACGGAAAAGUGGGUGGUAGCAACUGAAGCGUUAGCAAAAAUCACCAUUCUAUUUUAACCGUCAACGCUGCCGACAAGCCGCGCACUACUCUGCCCAGUCAGCGGAAACCUUUCCCGGUGUCAGGGAUACCAACACCGGUGUGGAUCACUGGCGAUGUGACCCACGGAAGGUGGAUCUCUUUUCUUCCAUGGGACUUGACUGAGCUCGAGUCCGCUGCACCUUCUCUGUGAACUUUGUCGGAGGCCACUGUUCCACUUAACCACCCUAAGGGAGAGCUCCAAUUUGCCUGGAACACUGGAUAGACGGACGGACGCACUGCCCCGUGUUCUACUUUUCAUGGAUUCCAGGGUGGCUCUGCUGCACUUAUGGACAUUCCUUGUCCUGACAGCAGAACUGAAUUGGAUUGAUACCGCAGAGGUCUACACAAAUGACUGGGCUGUCCAUAUUAAUGGGGGCCCUGAGGAGGCUGACCGCAUCGCUAAAGAACACGGUUUCAUCAACCAUGGAAACGUUUUUGGAGAUUAUUAUCACUUCAGACAUCACGCCGUGGAGAAGAGAGCUUAUUCUGGCCACAGAAGGAUGCACCUCAGACUACAACAAGAAGCACAAGUUCUAUGGGCAGAGCAGCAAGUGGUGAAAAGGAGGAAAAGGAGGGAUGUCUUUGAGGACCCAACAGACCCUGAUUUCCCCAAGCAGUGGUACUUGUCCACCCCAACUCAUCAGGACUUGAAUACCAAAGUAGCCUGGGCUCAGGGUUACACUGGAAAAGGUAUUGUGGUGACUAUUCUGGAUGAUGGCAUCGAAAAAGACCACCCUGAUCUCAUCAGCAAUUAUGACCCAGAGGCAAGCUACGAUGUUAAUGAUGGAGAUGCUGACCCCCAACCAAGAUACACCCAGCGUAAUGAGAACAGACAUGGGACUCGAUGUGCUGGAGAGGUUGCAGCUUCAUUUAACAAUGGCGUUUGUGGCGUGGGUGUUGCCUAUAAUGCUAAAAUUGGAGGAGUCCGUAUGUUGGAUGGGGAGGUGACAGAUGUGGUGGAGGCCCACUCUCUUAGCCUCAACCCGCAGCACAUUCACAUUUAUAGUGCCAGCUGGGGUCCAGAAGAUGAUGGCAAGUCGUUGGACGGCCCUGCUAAACUGGCCAAGGAGGCUUUCCAGCAGGGAAUCACUAGGGGACGGAGUGGACUUGGCUCCAUUUUCAUCUGGGCCUCAGGAAACGGUGGCAGAGAGCAGGACAACUGCAACUGUGAUGGUUACACCAAUAGCAUUUUCACAUUGUCCAUCAGCAGCACGACUCAGUCCGGCAGUGUGCCGUGGUACAGUGAACCAUGCGCCUCCACCCUUGCUUCUACCUUCAGCUCGGGAAACCCAGGGGAGAAACAAAUAGUGACAACAGACCUCAGGCAGAAAUGCACAGACUCUCACACAGGAACGUCAGCUUCAGCACCCCUGGCUGCUGGGAUCAUUGCUCUGGCACUGGAGGCCAAUAUGAACCUCACCUGGAGGGACAUGCAGCACUUGGUGGUUAGAACGGCCAGGCCCAAAAACCUCAGCGCGGGAGACUGGAGGACGAACGGUGUGGGACGCAGAGUGAGUCAUUCCUACGGUUAUGGUCUUCUGGAUGCCGGAGCAAUGGUGGCUUUAGCAAAGAACUGGACCAGAGUGGGGCUCCAGCACCGGUGUAAUCACACCAUGCUCACAGAACCAAGAGAUAUCGGUAGCAAGCUGGUGUUCAGUAAGAGCAUUGAUGCCUGCUGGGGGCGGCCCAACUACGUCAGCUCUCUGGAGCACGUUCAAGCUCGUCUCACUCUCCUGCACAACCAGAGAGGAAAGCUGGCCAUUCAUCUCGUCAGUCCACUGGGAACACGCUCCACCCUCUUGUUUCCCAGACCAAAUGACUUCUCCACUGAGGGAUUCAAUGACUGGGCCUUUAUGACAACCCACUCGUGGGAUGAGGAUCCUCAAGGAGAAUGGACCUUGGAAAUAGAAAACGUUGCACCGAACGGCCGUGACUAUGGGGUGUUGAGUCAGUUCAAUCUCAUCCUGUGGGGGACAGGUCCGAGUGGGAUCAGCCCCUUGUCAUCUGACUUUCCUCGGCCCUCCAACAACAGUUGCAAGACGUUUGAUGCCCAGCAAAUCUGCAUAGAAUGCAGUCCUGGCUUCUCGCUCUUCCUCCAAGGCUGCGUGAAGUUUUGUCCUCCUGGGUUCACGUCAGGUCCUCAGCUCCUCAACCUGUCCCUGGAGAACUGGGUGGACUUGUCUUCUGUCCAAGCCUGCCUGCCCUGUCACCCCACAUGUUUGACCUGCUCUGCCCUGGGUCCCUCCGACUGUCUUUCCUGUUCGCCUCACAGCCGCCUGGUCCUCGCGUCAUGCCUCCACCAGAACCAAGUCCAACGCAAAUCCCCCUCGGCCGCAGGUGAGCCAGCAGGAGACGUUCCAGCAGCAGCAGAGGAGGAUAAAAGAGCAGGUAAGACGCCUCCUGACCUCAGCGCGUCUCCACCCACUCAAGUUCCUGCCGUGGUGGCUGUGCUCAGCUGUGCCUUCAUCCUGGUGGCCUUUGUGGGAGUUUUUCUCUCACUGCAGCUGCGCUCCGGCGGCGCGUCCUCCAGCUGGAGGACCAAACUGACCUCCAUGUGCUCUGACGUGAGGGGGGGGGCGCGGGUGACAUUCGGUUUGGGCUCGGGCCGAGGUCAAACGUCGAAGGCUCGCAUUUGCUACAGGGGGAUCCCCACCGUGUGGGGGGACGAGGACACGGCCGCCUACGAGUCUGAAUCGGACAGCGAGGAAGUGGACAGCCGCAGUGAAAGGACAGCUUUCAUCAAAACGCAAAGCGCCAUCUAGCUGGCGUGACGGAGAUGACACAUGGCGAGUUGUCAUUUGUAGCCUGGGGAAAAAAGGCCUUAUUGUCCCACUCCUUUUUUGUUUUGUAUUUAUUCAAACGUGUUAUUUUAGUCUUUAUUUAAUGAUUGAAGUCAUGAUUCAGUGCUUCAAGCAGCUACUAAUGUUGAUAGUGCAGAGAUUCUUUAACAAAACAUGAUUUUACUCAAUUAAGUCCCAACUAGGGAUGUCCGAUAAUGACUUUUUUCCCGAUAUUGUCCAACUCUUUAAUUACCGAUACCGAUAUCAACCGAUAUAUACAGUCGUGAAAUUAACACAUUAUUAUGCCUAAUUUGGACAACCAGGUGUGGUGAAGAUAAGGUACUUUUGAAAAAUAAUAAUAAAAUAAGAUAAGAUAAAUAAAUUAAAAACAUUUUCUUGAAUAAAAAAGAAAGUAAAACAAUAUAAAAACAGUUACAUAGAAACUAGUAAUUAAUGAAAAGUAGUCAAAUUAACUGUUAAAGGUUAGUACUAUUAGUGGACCAAUCAUGUGUGCUUACGGACUGUAUCCCUUGCAGACUGUAUUGAUAUAUAUUGAUAUAUAAUGUAGGAACCAGAAUAUUAAUAACAGAAAGAAACAACCCUUUUGUGUGAAUGAAUGUGAAUGGGGGAGGAAGGUUUUUUGGGUUGGUGUAAGUGUAUCUUGUGUUUUUUAUGUUGAUUGAAUAAAAAAACCAACAAAAAAAACAAUACCGAUAAUAAAAAAAACGAUACCGAUAAUUUUCGAUAUUACAUUUCAACGCAUUUAUUGGCCGAUAAUAUCGGCAGGCCGAUAUUAUCGGACAUCUCUAGUCCCAACCAAAGUUUGAAUUCAAGCUAAUGUUGCAUAAAUAUCUUUUAUCUGGCAAUAAUGUUCAUGAAAAAUAUAUGAACUCAUUGUUGUCAUCAUCUCUAACCAUCAGUUCUGUGGCCCUAUUUCAGUCUUUAAUCUUAAAUUACUAAUCUAAUUGAACCCUCUAAGACUCCAAAUGUCACUGAUUAUUACAAAUAUGAACAUUGCACAUCAAAGUUCAGUUCAGUUCAGCUUCAGUUUAUUUGGAACAUGCAUACGAUACAAUGUAAUGCAUCACACAGUUCCAGUUGUUUCAUUACAGCACGUCCGAAAAGGAGUAGGAAGAAGCAGAGCUUAUUUAAUCCUACCUCUUUUCAUACCAUAGCAGUUGUAUCCCAUUUCCUUGUUGUCUGUAACAGAACAGUGAACAAAUAAAUAAUAAAUAAAUAAUAUACCAUAGUAAGUAAACUAAUAUUAAACACAUAAAUAAUCUGUAUCUCAAAUGAAAAGAAAAAAAAAAGGGUUCAAGAUGUUCAUCAUAAUUCUUGUUCUGUGUACUUUGUGAACACUUGUAGUUUGAACAGUCUCAUGAACUGAAUCAUAUUGGUGCUUUGUUUGAUUUCUUUGCUUCAUCCAUUCCAUAAUUUAAUUCCACAUAUUGUUAUGCUAAAGGUUUUAAGUGUUGUACGAGCAUUCAAAUGUUUUAAAUUGGAUUUUGACCAACAUUUUUGACUUGUUUAUUAAACAUGCUAAUAUGGAUUCAGUGUAGUUUAGCUGCUAGAAAGGAUGUAUUAGGCCUGUGAAUCUUUGGGUACCACACGAUUCGAUUCAGUUCUUGGGGGUAACGAUUCGAUUCAGAAUCAAUUCUCGAUUUAAAAUCAAUACUUUUUUAAUAACAUUGGGUGUCAGUGCUAUGAUUAACUACAUUCCUCCAUAAAACGGAUUAACAGCUGUGAUACAUUUAUAUACGUAUUACUUUGAAGAAAACUGGUUUUGUUUAAAAAAAAUUCUAUCCAAACAUUUAAUAAAGUCAAAUACAAAUAAGGCAACAAGAGAAGUAUCUCAAACUUCUCUUUUGUAAAGUAAAUGUGUACAGCAGAUAUGAGCAUCUACAUCAACUAUGUGAUUUGCCUGAGUAGCUGGACAGGACAGAUUUAAAAAAAAAAAAACAUUUUUUUAAAUCGAUUAAGAAUCGUUAC